AUGGAGUCGCCAACUGGCAACCCUGAGUCCCCUCUGGACGAUGAUAUCCCAUUUCCAUGCCAGGGCUGCGGUGAGAUUUUGGAAGAAGGCAAAGCAUUCGAAUUAGCUGGGAAACGAUGGCAUAUCGAUUGUUUUCGAUGCAACACCUGCGGUACCUUUCUCGAUUCGGACGCAAACCUCCUUCUACUCGGCGAUGGUUCCCUCAUUUGCAACAACUGCACGUACAGUUGCAGUUCUUGCGGGAAUAAGAUUGAGGACCUUGCCAUCCUUACUGGCGACCAGGCUUUUUGUGCCACUUGUUUUAAGUGUCGAAAUUGCAAACGGAAGAUCGAGAAUCUUCGAUAUGCGCGCACAUCUCAGGGUAUAUUUUGUAUGGACUGCCAUGAAUCGCUGAUGGCUCGACGAAGGAAACGGUCAGCCAGAGGACAACGGCAAAAGGUCCCCAAUGUCCAGCUUGACAAAUCUCUCCCGUCACUACCUCCAACCGUUGCUCCGAACAAUGGUUUGGCGGAAUUGGACACCCCCUCAGUGGAUCCAUACUUUGAAGCACCCGUUGAAUUACCCUCUUCUCAUCCAAGGUCCGAGGUGAGAAGGAGCUACAUGGGGAAUGAUGCAAAUGUGGAAUCUCCCGAAUCCAAACCCGUUAACCAAGACAAUCUUAUCCUCCCUGCUAGCACAUACAAAAGCAAUCGUCAUUCUGCUAUUUCACACAAAUCUAAUGCAUCCGGUGGGGAAGAGUUCCUGAUUCCUGUUGCAUUUGACCCUACACCCAGUGGACCCCACUCCCCUAAUCCUCUGUCAGCAACUUCCAAUGGCCCACUACCAGACUAUUUUGGUCAGGAUGCACCUAGGGACAGCUCUAAAAAGCAGCCUGUCGACCGACCUGGAUACUUGCAGGACCCGAGUCACUCUGGGGCAUCCUCUGAGCAACCAAGCCCAUACCAGGAGAAGCGUCCUGCAGAACUAGACUCCCACAAACGCCAAGCUAGCACGGAAAAUUCCAACACAUCAAUUCAAGCAUCGUCUUCUAAUAACAACGACAAUAUCCGCCAGCAGAGCAUAGUUCAGAAGCAGACAGGCUUUGGAGCUGAUAUGCAGGGUCGUACAGAUAAAUUCAAAUUGCAGGACGUCCCCAAAGGUAGAAAGUCGGGAGGCUCUGGGAACGCAUCUCUAUCCGACCUUAGCUUGACGGCUAGAGUGGAAUUCCCCGCGAAUGAUGACAUUGCUAUGAGCCCUCCGCCUCGAGAUUCCGCCCGGUCCGCCAAAGAAACGCCCAUCGCUUCAGAACUAGAUUCAACACCUUCACGUUUUUCACAGGAAUCUCGCUCCAAGGAGAAUGGGACCGCCGAACUUUCGAGACCGGGAAUGCAAUACCCGCCUAAAAGAGGCGAUUCACUUGAGGCCAAACUGCAUCAAUCUCUCCAAAAGAAAGAAAUGCAGCCUACCAUGAAGCCUACACCCCCUACGUCUAGUAGAACGAAUGAUGCGACGCCCCCCACAUCCUCGAAUUUUCCUUCUCCUCCCACAGCGGACAGAUCGUCGGAUGCAAAGAGUUCCAAGGCUUCUGAAUCCACUGUAUCUAAGCGGGCCUCUGAUACAUUGGCUCCAGGCUCCACUCCCUCGCCCCAUAAGCGCACUGCAUCCGUCAAUGUAUCGAAACAGAAACCUUCGGGCCAUCGCCGAUCCCAUUCUCGUCAUGAAUCUGUGAACACUCUGCAUUCGGAAGGUCACCGUGAAGCUGAUGCCGGUGGUUCCCCAUUGCUACGGUAUAGUGGGGCUGGAGACUUCUCCCUGGACGAAGACAUGGCACGGAUUCUUGGUAGUGAGGAUCUUCAAAACCAAGAAUCCUUCCUAAAGCGUGUUUCAAACUCAGUCCGUCAUGGAAGGAGCUUUAGCGAUAAAGGUGCCCGACUCUCCAAGGAGCAGAAAUGGCCCAAGUCACCCUCAACUGCAAGUAACCAUGCAAAUGACAUGAGCAGCCCAAAUACCAGUUCCCCUGAACAUCGGGACCAGCUUGCCUGGUACAAGAACGAGCUCCAAAGAGAGCGCCAGAAGAUUAUUGAGAAGGAUCAGAGGAUUUCAGAGCUGGAGGCUUCGCUUAAUUCCUCGACAAAUAUCAAACAAGUUAAUACUGAACUUCGCGAGAAACGGUCCACCAUGGUAUUCCUCGAGGCCCAGAAGGAGAUCGUUAUGCGAGAGCUGGAAGUUCUUACUGAACACAUCAAAGCGGAGAAGCAAAGUGGCACUGCCGUUGAUAUAGGGAAACUGAACAAAGCUGUACUCCGCGACUUCGCGCAGUCAGUACAACGCCUCAAAGAUACAUUUGCCCCUCAGAUCGAAGAGUUGAUUAAAAAGCGGAAUGAUAUACUUGAAGAGUUGUCCAGCCUUGGCCGUAUGAAAGAUAAGAGCUUUCAGGAAUUCGAACAGCUGUCCCUUAAGAACUCCCAACUUGCAGAGCUUAAUAACGAGCUGGCACACCAAAUCCAGGGUAUUUACAAGGCUAAUACCAACUCCAUCGGGGAGGGUGGCCGCAAGGCCCCCAACGGCCUGGGUAUUUACUCCCACCAAAAGGAUACUUCUGUCGCCUCAAUUGAGGGUCGUGAACCUAGGCCGUCGAAUGACCUUCACGUCUCGACUUCGAAUACGCAAUCCGAAGACGCAGAACAUCCCGCCCUCCUUCAAGGACCGCAGGUUGUCAGCAUCCGAAAGGGUCAGGUUCGCAAGUUCAAUUGGAAAAAAGGUGGCCAGCAUGUUGCCAAGGGUGUGACGAAGGGCCUCAAGGGUGCUUUCAACUAUGCCGAAGGCAAAUAUCAGCAACGAGAAGGCCAUUUUACGGAAACUGCCCCCAUAUGGAUCCAUAUCAUCGCAAGGCGGGGUGGAAGGACCCUCACGCGCUCAAAUGCAAGAAUCGUCUCGCCAAGGUUUUGGGUUUUUCGGCAACCAAAAGGCCAAGCCUGGUGGUAUAUGGAAGGCGCCCUCCACUGA